AUGCAGUCCUCAUCAUUCAAUUUUCACGCUCUAGCUGGCCUAGGGCCCCGCAGAUUCUCGCUACCAGACAUUACGAGGCGCGCUCCGAGGCGGCCUGAGCAGAGUCGCUCAGAUCUGACUGGUUAUGAUGCCGACUCCGAGGCAGAAAACCAGCCACGCAACCGCAAACCCUCGACACGCUCACUACCUCCCUCACUUCAUGACAUUGCGAUGUCCGCGCGCGCCGCAGACCAGAUGGCCAUUCAUGUCGACUUUGCCCUCGCCCUCACGAGGUCUACAGGACGCAGAGCCCGUACAGCACCACACACACCAAGGAAUAUGCCGCCCACAAGGUCGCGAGCUCCUGCACGGCACUCCCAGGAGAACCUCAUCCAACCCCUAAGCGGUCUCGGCCUUGGCCUGCCCACUACACACCACAUUCACGCCGACCGCUCAGCUGUGGCUGAACCCGAUAGCACCACGUCGCAGCUCAGCGACCCAGAACAGCCGCUUCGUGCCUACCCCCUACUGCCACCCGGUCUGUCGAACACGGACUUUCCGCAUGGCACACAAUCCCCUCACCACUUAUAUCCGGAUACUUCCUCGUCGUCAUCGAAUUCGGAGACCGAUAACGAUCUAGAGGAUUAUUCGGACAUUAUUAUUGACAUCGUCCGUCCGACGCCCCUCUCGUCACAUUCUAGCGCCUCAGAGUACCCCUUUUACGGUGACAUGUCGCCACCGGGAGCACCGCGUCUGGAGAGCAUAUGUCGCUUCGAGACCGAACCUCUGUACCAUUAA